GAGACUCGAAGGAGAAGUGGAGGUGGGAGGGAAAAACGAUGCAAAAAUCACCUAAAAAUCGGGGCGGGGAAAGGAAGCUGCAGUUAGGAAAGAGGGCUAGUUGCACAAGCUGCUGCAGAAAGGUUGGGAGGCCGGGCGGGUUUCGUAGACCUGGAAAAGAAGCCAGCCCUGAGGCAGCAGGACUUUUUCAAACUUCUCUGAUUUCGGGAAGUUGCUCAAGGACAAAAACAUGGAACUGAUUUCCUCAGUAGCGAUUACAAUCCUAGGCUCCAUUGCUCUAUUCUUACUCCUUAAGUGGAAGAAUUUGCAUAGACCUCCGUGCAUCAAGGGCUGGAUUCCUUGGAUUGGAGCUGCAUUUGAGUUUGGGAAAGCCCCUCUAGAAUUUAUAGAGAAAGCAAGAAUAAAGUAUGGACCAGUAUUUACAGUCUUUGCUAUGGGAAACAGACUGACCUUUGUUACUGAAGAAGAGGGAAUUAAUGUGUUUCUAAAAUCCCCAAAAUUAAAUUUUGAACUAGCUGUGCAAAACACUGUCUAUCGUACAGCAUCAAUUCCAAAGAAUGUCUUUUUUACACUGCAUGAGAAACUCAAUAUUGUAGUGAAAGGGAAAAUAGGGACUGUCAAUCUCUAUCAAUUCCCUGGGCAAGUGACUGAAGAAUUACAUGAACAACUGAAGAAUUUAGGCACUCAUGGGACAACGGACCUGAAUGAAUUAAUAAGGCAUCUCCUUUAUCCAGUCACAGUGAAUAUGCUUUUUCGUAAAGGUUUCUUUCCCACAAACAGGACGAAAGUCAAAGAGUUCCAUCAGCACUUUCGAGCUUAUGAUGAAAGUUUUGAGUAUGGGUCCCAGAUGCCAGGAUGUCUCCUAAGAGACUGGUCAAAAUCCAAAAAAUGGCUCCUCACACUGUUUGAAAGAAACAUUCCAGACAUAAAAACAUACAAAUCUACAAAAGAUAAUUCCAUGACAUUAUUUCAGGCUGUGAUGGACACUGUAGAGAAGGAAACGCAUGAACGACACUGCAGCAGUUACGGCCUCAUGUUGCUUUGGGCUUCUCUGUCUAAUGCUGUUCCUGUUGCCUUUUGGACGCUUGCAUUUAUCCUUUCUCAUCCCAGCAUCCACAAGGCCAUUAUGGAAGGCCUGGCUUCUGUGUUUGGCACGGCAGGCAAAGAUAAGAUUAAAGUAUCUGAAGAUGAAUUGAAUAAACUCCUUCUAGUUAAAUGGUGUGUUUUGGAAACCAUUCGUUUAAGAGCCCCCGGUGUCAUUACUAGAAAAGUGAUAAAGCCAAUUAAAAUUUUGAAUUAUGUCAUUCCUCCUGGUGACUUGUUGAUGCUGUCUCCAUUUUGGCUCCAUAGAAAUCCAAAGUAUUUUCCUGAACCUGAGCUGUUCAAACCUGAACGUUGGAAAGAGGCAAAUUUAGAGAAGUACUCUUUCUUGGACAGCUUCAUGGCAUUUGGAAGUGGGAAGUUUCAGUGUCCUGGAAGGGAAAUCCAGGAAAGUACAUUUUGUCUGGUUGGCCUAUGGUAUUGUGCAGUGCCUUUGUGGAAAUGUCUACAGUGACUUCCAAUAGGAGACCUCAUGAAAAGAAAAUACUGUGCUUGAUGAUGUCAGACAAAAACCAGGUUUAUGGCUGAAAUGCUCAGCUUUUAUACAAGGAUGAUUGACAAUGGUUUGAAUGCUAACUUUUUAAGAAAACAAAUAUUUCUUUAACUACAACAUUAUCAUGGACAUUUGGGGACAUAACAGAACAUAUUUAGCUUAGAGCAUAGCAACAGCUUUCUAGAUUAAUUUUGUUUUCUGAGUUAGUUUUGUGAAAAUUUUCCUUUGAUAGCUUUUGUAGUUAAGCUGAUCUGUCACCCAGAUUCCUCUUCAGUGUGAUUCCCUGUUCUACUGCAGUAUCCAUUGCUUAAAGUUAUUUUUAUGUUUGUUCAAGAAGAAAGAUGUUCUGAACAUCUCAUCUGUGCCAGGCAUCCGGGUGGGAGCUCUGCAGAAGAUGACCUCAUAAAGUUUACAGUCUGCUUUAGACAUGUCCCAUUUCUUCAGUGGGGAUGAGUUAAUUUGGGAAUUAUCUGUACCUACUUGAGACAAAAGUGUCAUUCAAUGAAUGUACAAAUUCUUUAAGUUCUUAUAGCUGAAAAAUCAUAGUUUAUUGAUUUAAGAGGUCAGCCAUCUUCAUUAUUUAAACAGUAAUACCAGCCCGUUUUUGUAAUUAUUACUUACUCCACAGAAUUUGUCUUGUCUCUUCCUUU